AUGCCCGGUAGCGCAGGCGGCAGCAAUAGCAACAUCAGCAACACCAAACUCGAGGUAGACACCACCACCACCAACUCCCACAAAUCCUCCCGCCGCGGCUCAACAACCUACCCCCGCUCCAGCCUCACAACCCGCAACGGCGACUCAGUAGCCGAAGCCGCCGUCGCCUUCCUCGCCUCCCCAGACUCUCUCGGCUUCUCCCUUGCCUCCAAAAAACGCAACACAGACUUCCACGACCUCUUCCCCACCCUCCCGCGCGACGACCUCCUCGUCGACGAUUUUUCUUGCGCGUGGCAAAAAGAGGUCCUCAUACAAGGCCGCAUGUACAUCUCGGAACGGCAUGUCUGCUUCUAUGCGAAUAUCCUCGGCUGGGUGCAUUCGGUGGAAUUGCCGUUUGCAAGCAUCACCGCGCUGGAAAAACGGAAUGUGGCGGCGAUUAUACCGAAUGCGAUCGAGGUCUCUGUGGGCGAUGUCAAGUACUUUUUUGCGAGCUUUCUGCAUAGGGAGGAGUCAUUUUGUUUGCUGGUGAGGUUGUGGGAUUUGUCG